ACUAUUGAGCAAGGGGAGAGACAGAGAGGAGAGAGGCAGAAGGGAGGGUGACUAAGUGAAUGCAGUUUUGCCGUCGCGUGUCGCCGAAUCACAGCACAAGUCCACCGGCAGGCUGAUGGAUUGGACUUGAAUCAACAAAUGGAUACAGAAAAAACUGGAUUUACUCUGAAUACGAGGAGAAAAUAAAGGAGGACAAAGAGUCUGCUUUCAUAUCCUUUUAUCUCUGCAUCAGAUACUGCUGUGAGGAACCCACAGGGACUGAAAGGAAAAUAGCGGACAACUCAUUUUUCUCCUAACACCCUUGGAAGCUGUGGAGCUGUGAGCCAGAACAGAGUGGACUGUGGGACUGGCUGGGAUUGAAUAUGCUCUUGCCGGUGUGUGUAUGUGAGAGUGUGUGUUUGAGCUGAUAAUAGCAGCCCCAUUGGUAUUCAGUGGAGGGAGCUCCAGGAUCUCGCUGCGCCUUUCCCCAGGAUGGGAUCACAGAGCAGGGAUUGUACUUGCCUGUGGAGAGCCCACUGAAAUGGAUUAGAGCCUCGCAGAGAUGAACACCAAAUGGGCAACAUGGACGCCAAUACGCAGCCUCCAGCGACUACCUUUCCACACUUAACUGCCUCUACCGUCCUCAUCCGUCAGCUAGGAGUGCUGCUGAAGCCGUGCAGUUGAGGCCUGACGAGCCAGACUGCAAAUCCUGAAGCUUUCUAACAGGAAGUCGAGAAAAUCAGAAGCCUCAGAGGAUUCAUCUUAACAGCGAACCAGUCAACCUGUUGAGCGUACGACCGGACUUAGACGUUUAUCACAAAUGAAAUAGGCCGCAGUGAUGCUUGAGCAAUGGUAUGGAGCUUUUGGACAUGUCCGGAUUUAUCGGACGGAUAUUCUAUCGAGAUUAUGGCACUUUUGUGAACACCUUCGAGCUGGGCCACUUCUCCAGAUUGGCUUGUGGGCAAAAGCGAGUAAUUGAAAAUCCCCCCUUGAGAGGCUCUCUGUUUUGAUUUGUUGUCAGGAAGGAGGGCUGAUAUUAUUUUUGUGUUAAAGGAGCAAUUAGAAAAAAGUACCUUUUAUCCAUUUUUCCUCCCACUUUCUUUUCCGCCAUCUCCUCACACGUUGCAGAGAUACAUUAUGAAGCAGCACCAUUCUUCUUCAUCCUCCCUCAGUGACGGAGAGAGAGGAGGGACAGACUGUCCAGAAUAGAUAACGAGCGAGGAGACAGGCGUUGAGGAAAAAGGAGAAAAGACGAGCGGAAAAUAGUAGGAAACAGGUAGACGGAGUGUGAGGAAGAGGGAGACAGUGAGUUUCAGAGGGGAAAAAAAGAAAAAACGGAAUUAACUCCAUUUGAAAUCCUCUCCGAGUCUUUUUUUAAAAAAAUUCGUCUGAGAGGUGUUGGUGGCUAGUUAGCACAAUGUUCAGGGGAGGGGUCAGGAUUUACACCAGGGGGGGCACUUGAGCAGGAGACUAGGGUUAUGUCCCCCUGCACCUGCAUGGUCUGUGUCUCAGUGUUUGCCAGGAAAACAGAUUGAAAGAUGGCCUGGUAAACAGACAAGCUAUAGCGAAUGACAGACAAGCUCAGAGGCUGGUAAGACAGACAGGAAGACAGGCCGACAGGCCGACAGGAAGACAGGUAAACAGCCGUUCCAAGUGUCAGGCAGAGAGCCAGGCAGACAUUCAGAGCCGGCACAGUAGACAGCGUCCGAUUCAUUGUCAUUCUAUGCACUGUGUGAGGAAAAGACAGAGGGAGAAGGAAGGAAAGCAGAGUCAGAAAGGAAGAAGAGGAGCAUCCCCGUGUUUGUGGCUUGUGGAGAAUCUCACUCCAUUUGCAUCCACCUUAGUGUACACAGAAGCAAAGCCCAUGCACUAAAAACAGGUGGGGAGGGAGGGGGCUGUUACUAGAGAGGAAAUACAGGUUGGGGAAAGAGAGAGAGAGAGAGGGGCGACAGGCAGAGAAACAGAGGGAGAGAGCAGGUGUCGGAAAUCCUCCCCUUCAUCUGCUUGUCAUUUAUUCCUUUAUGUUCUCUCGUCGUCUGGCGAGGUGAUUGGUUUUCUGAUGCUGCCAUUCUUUCGCUCGUAGGCCCUCCGCAGUCCUGAGGAAAACAAGAGGUGGGCAGAGAGACAAAAGCAGAAAAGAGACAGCAUAAAAAGGAAAGGUAGAGACCCAGUUUGAUUGACUAAUUUUUCACCUGUUCCUUUUCUUGUUUGUCAAGCUGGGCUCUAUUUUUUGUGUUUUUUUUUUUUCUGUAAGUAAAAGAUUGAAAGAAGAAAAAACACCAGCCCAAUCAAUCCCUCAUUUUCUUUGCACACAGAACUGAGCCUCUCCUUUCAUCAGUUGUUGACUUUUCUUGUUCUAAAGGGAUUAUUUUCUUCAUCAGAGUAUAAACCUGAGGAAUCCUCCCAAUUCCCUCUAUAUGUCCUCACCCCCAGUGACUGUGUGUGAACCCCUCUGACACCCCCAGCGGCCUCUCACUUGGCUGAAGUGCUAAAAUCCUGUGGUCUUAGAUCUCAGUGCCUCUGUUGACUCACUACUACAGCGAUAAUAUGGCACAGCGCUUCUGAUACCGUCUGAUUCAUUCUGUGGUGGUACAGGCAGCCAGCAGACCAUUCUCCAUGAGGAGCAGUAGAAGAUGCCGGCUCUGCCAGCACUGCUGCUGUCAAUACACUUCCUCUCCUUCCUGCUAGUCACCAUGGCGCCACGCUCCCUCAGUCAGGCCCCUCUGCUCUCCUCAGUCCGCAUGGCGGCAAUCCUGGAUGACCAGUCUGUGUGUGGGCGAGGGGAGCGGCUGGCGCUGGCCCUGGCCAGGGAGAACAUCAAUAGCGUGAUGGAGGGUCCUGCCCGAGCCCGAGUGGAGGUGGACAUCUACGAGCUACAAAAAGACUCCCAAUAUGACACUACUGACACCAUGUGUCAGAUUCUACCCAAAGGCGUCGUUUCUGUGAUAGGUCCCGCCUCCAGCCCCGCCUCUGGCUCUACUGUCAGUCAUAUAUGUGGAGAGAAGGAGAUCCCUCAUGUAAAGAUCGGUCCGGAGGAAACUCCCCGCCUGCCCUACCUGCGCUUUGCCUCUGUUACUCUGUACCCCAGCAACGAGGACCUGAGCCUGGCCAUAGGAGCGAUCUUGCGCUCAUUCAGUUACCCAUCAGCCAGCCUCGUCUGUGCCAAGGCUGAGUGCCUGUUGAGACUGGAAGAACUGGUCCGCCGCUUUCUCAUCUCCCGGGAGACCCUGUCAAUCAGGAUGCUGGAUGAUGACCUGGACCCUACGCCGCUGCUGAAGGAGAUCCGUGAUGACAAAGUGGCCACCAUCAUUAUUGAUGCCAAUGCUUCUGUCUCCUAUCUCAUUCUCAAGAAGGCGUCAGAGCUGGGGAUGACAUCAGCGUUUUACAAGUACAUCCUUACCACCAUGGACUUCCCUCUAUUGAGACUGGAUGAUAUAGUGGAUGAGCAGUCCAACAUUGUGGGCUUCUCCAUGUUUAACACCACACAUCCCUUCUAUUUGGAGUUCAUCAGGAGCCUCAACCUUUCUUGGAGGGAGGGAUGUGACCUGACAUACCCAGGCCCUGCGCUCUCGUCAGCGCUGAUGUUUGACGCGGUGCAUGUGGUGGUGGGGGCGGUGAGGGAAUUGAACCGCAGUCAGGAGAUCGGAGUGAAGCCACUCAGCUGCACAUCGCCUCAGAUCUGGCAACAUGGGACCAGUCUUAUGAACUACCUGCGCAUGGUGGAAUACGAUGGUCUGACAGGGCGAGUAGAGUUCAACAGCAAAGGUCAGAGGACCAACUACACCCUGAGGAUCUUGGAGAAACACAGAGGAGGCCACAAAGAGAUCGGAAUCUGGUACUCCAACAACACCCUGGCAAUGAACUCCACAAGCCUGGAUAUAAAUGUCUCAGAGACAUUGGCAAACAAGACUCUCAUUGUCACCACCAUCUUGGAGAAUCCAUAUGUCAUGCGCAAAGACAACUACCAGGACUUCCAGGGCAACGACCAGUAUGAGGGCUUCUGCGUCGACAUGCUGAGGGAGCUGGCAGACAUCUUGAAAUUCUCCUUCAAGAUCAAGCUGGUGGAUGAUGGGCUCUAUGGGGCUCCGGAGCCCAACGGCUCUUGGACUGGAAUGGUUGGAGAGCUCAUCAACAGGAAAGCAGACCUGGCCGUGGCAGGCUUCACCAUCACAUCAGAGAGAGAGAAAGUUAUCGACUUUUCUAAGCCGUUCAUGACCCUGGGGAUCAGCAUCUUGUACAGAGUUCAGCUGGGCCGGAAGCCGGGUUACUUCUCCUUCCUAGAUCCCUUCUCUCCAGCUGUCUGGCUUUUCAUGCUGCUCGCCUACCUGGCUGUCAGCUGUGUGCUCUUCCUCGCUGCAAGGCUGAGCCCCUAUGAGUGGUACAACCCUCACCCAUGCCUGCGAGAGCGCAGGGACAUGCUGGAGAACCAGUACACCCUGGGAAACAGCCUGUGGUUUCCUGUUGGAGGUUUCAUGCAGCAGGGAUCAGAGAUUAUGCCCAGAGCGCUGUCAACCAGAUGUGUUAGCGGGGUGUGGUGGGCGUUCACCCUGAUCAUCAUCUCCUCCUACACAGCCAACUUGGCAGCCUUUCUGACAGUCCAGAGGAUGGAGGUUCCCAUUGAGUCUCCGGAUGACUUGGCUGACCAGACCAAUAUCGAGUACGGCACCAUCCAUGGAGGAAGCACCAUGACCUUCUUUAUGAACUCGCGUUACCAGACCUACCAGCGGAUGUGGAACUACAUGAACUCCAAGCAGCCGAGUGUAUUUGUGAAAAGCACAGAGGAGGGCAUUGCACGUGUGCUCAACUCCAAGUAUGCCUUUCUGAUGGAGAGCACUAUGAACGAAUACCACCGUGGCCUCAACUGUAAUCUCACGCAGAUAGGAGGCCUGUUGGACACCAAGGGCUAUGGCAUUGGCAUGCCACUGGGGUCUCCUUUCAGAGAUGAGAUCACGUUGGCAAUCCUCCAGCUGCAGGAGAAUAACAGGCUGGAGAUCUUGAAGAGGAGAUGGUGGGAGGGAGGCCAAUGUCCCAAAGAGGAGGACCACCGUGCCAAGGGUCUGGGCAUGGAGAACAUAGGGGGCAUCUUUGUGGUGCUGAUCUGUGGCCUCAUCAUUGCUGUGUUUGUGGCAAUUAUGGAGUUUGUGUGGUCGACGCGCCGCUCGGCAGAGACCGAUGAGGUAUGCCCCCAUACCUGCCCUCGCCGACCCCACAGACACACCCCAGUGUCUGUCUGUCAGGAGAUGAUCACAGAGUUCCGAAACGCCGUCUCCUGUAAGAAGAACUCCCGUCUGCGUCGUCGUCGGCCCCUCAGCAGCUCAGCCGCUCUGCGCCACCCCACCCGCAUCGCUCUCGGGGCCCCUCGGCCCCUGCGUCUGGUCCGGGAGAUGCGUCUCAGUAAUGGCAAACUCUACAGUGGAGCUGGCCCACUAACGGGUGGCGCUGGAGGAAGUGGCAGUGCUGGGGGAACAGGUCCUUCUGACCUUGGCCCCGGGCCCCAGCGAAUCCUAGAUGACCCUCUGGGAGCAAAUACCACCCCUCCUCCACCGGCCCCCACACCUGUGAUGCUACCUGCCCGCAGCUGCACCCACGUGAGGAUCUGUCAGGAGUGCCGGAGGAUUCAGAACCUGAGGUCAGGCAGCAGUAUAGGAUCAACCUCGACGAGAAUACCCCCCUCAUCGGCACCCCUGCCCAGGCUGCCCCCCCCACCUCCCCCAUCCUCAUCCAACACAGACAGUGAAGGUGGAGGGGGGCCCAGCCCAAGGCGGCUCCACCACAGCCCCCCGCCGCAUACUGCGCGACCCAUCCCACCUCCACAGAGCAGCAACACCACAGACCUACUGGGGGACCAGGACUGAGACCAGACGCAGUCAGUGGGUGAGGGCUGUAGGGGGGCCACAGACGUGACUGACGGAUAUUUGUGCUGCUUAGAGAAACAGUGUUGGUUUCUGCAGGUGACAUUCGUUGACAAACAGAAGAAGGGAAGAGGAGGGGAGAUGGUUUUGAGAUUUUGGUGAUGAUAAACCUUAAAAAGAAGAUAAAACUGGUAAAACUGAGCACCAGUUCUCAAGGCUGAUAAAUAGAACUGGUCCCAUGUGUGUCAUGAGAUGGUCAUCAGUUAAUCUCCUGUAAUCUGCUCCAGAGAACAGAUCAGUGUGGACAGAUCUGAGUAGAAAUGACCAGAGGAUGGCUUUCAUCAACCUUCCUUCCUUUACCCUCCUCGCUGCCCUCUCAGCUCACCCAUAGAUUCGAGGGCCCUGGUUUUCUUCCACAGACAUUCCCUGGAAGCAAACUAUCCCUCUAGUAAAAUGAAGCCUUGUUGGAGGACAUACUGUAUCUGUAUGUGAUUUAAAACAGCAACUAAAAGACUUCCAGAGAAUUAUUUCCUGUUGUUUUAUUUUUUGUUGUCUUUCUCGUUUUGUUACCAUUGUUCUAAGUGGGAAUUACAGAGUUAAAUACAGACUAUUUGUGACAAUAUGGUGGAUUAUAACAUACUAAGAAACUUGACUAAUUGUGUUCAAGUGUUUUGUGUCCCUCCCUGUUUCCCAGAGCUGCUUUUUGGAUGGCAUUGGUGAUGAAACAGCUGUAAGACGGCAUUAAGCAAACAGUAGCAGAUGAUACCGUUGGCCCGCCUUUCUUUAACAAUGUGUGUGAGUGUGAUGUAAAGAUUUGUGCUUCCCAUACGUCUGUCCCUAAGUCCCUGUAGUAAGGAAAUUCAUUUACCCAGCAACAGCACCCUUCUACCACCAUAAGAUAACCAGACAACUACAAAAAGGGAAGACAGAGAGAGAGCAAGAGGCUUUGAGAUGUGAAACUAAUGUCCCUCGUUAUCCUGGGUAACACUUGCCAAGAAUUUACUUCUUUUUCACCUCUGUUCACACAGCGUAGAAGAGAUAGAGACGGCGUGAGGAAGAGCCAGAAACAGAGGCGAGAUAGAGAAGAACAUAUAAAGAUGAGCUACAAUACGGCAAAGUUUGAAAAAGGACAGUGCUGAAUGUGAAUGAGAAAUCCUUCGCUGAACUACUUCCAUUAGAUCUGUCCUGUUUUGCUAAUUCUGGGCAUCUUUUUAGGGGCUUGUUAAAGCGCCAGCAGGCUAUAGCUGCAGCUUCUUCCUUUCUCACUGUUUAACAGACAGACUUGGCCGUCCACAGCAGAUCCUCGUGCCAGAGUGAUAGACUCAACACAGCCUUGUCAAUACUGUCUCAAGCUUUUGAUCGCCUAAUUACUCCCCUCGGUGUUGGGGACUCAUUCAGGAGGGGGGACGAACACAGGAAAAUACGCUGAUAAAUAGAGUGAAAAGAAUUACAUGAUUCUUUUUUUUUUCUCACUCUGACUCUUAAAUCUGGUCUUAAUUAUGUUGUUAAUGUUACAGCCUUAUGAUCUCAACUACAGUGCUUCAAGGAGUGCACUGGUGGAUUUGUUUGUUGUUCAGCCUGUCAUCUCCAAAUUAUCUAAUGAUUCAGUGCAGAUUUAUGUCAUCAGUGUGACAACAAAAAGCAGGAGCUGACUGCUAUAGACAGACUGCAGUAAUCUGAAAAUGCUAAGACGGACUAACAUAGUCUUUUCCUGAGAUUUGUUGACAAUAUCCCCAACCUUAUCCCAUAAAUCCUCCCCUUUAUGACUUACAGUCAAGGGAAAACAGUGAAUGUACUAAGGCCUACCAGUUACUAUAUCUUGGACCAUCAGCUAUAGUGAACAGAUGAGUGAUUUUUAGUCCACAUGGAGGUCAGUGCUUGAUUCAGUCCUUGUUUUAGGGUCACAAGUAAAAGAAAUCGGUGCUUGAAUGGAGGUUUAUGCCUAAUGUCCGACUAAGGUGAUGUGUUUACUGCGGCAUGAUGUCCUCUUUAAUGUCCUCAUGAUUGAUUUUCUGUUGGUGAUUGACUUAAUUUUUUUUUUUUCAAACAAAUACCCAGUCACUUCCCAAAAAUAAUCACAGUGGGCUGAAAAACUAUUUAUUGAAAAAGGAAGCAAUUCACCACACACCCUUAGUUAUAGUUAGUGCACUCAGAGGAGUUACAGAAAUAUUGUGGUCUGUGUGGUUGAAUAAUCCAAGACUUGAGCUCAGCAGUUUUCUCUGCACAAUGAACUUCCCGACCUGGGCAGUGUUAAAUUAUAGUUGGUUGGUUUGAGUCUCUGGGCAGAUUUUAUUCUAUCCUUAAACUCAGUGAAGGCUGAUGCUCAUUUGCAGUUCUGUCCAGACGUAAAGACAUAAAA